GAGGAGGAAGUGUCGCUGAGCGGAUCCGACUGAAGAGCCGGCGCUGAUUAGCCGAGAGGACAGGCAGAGGAGGGGGGGUGGUCAACGAGGCGCAGAGGCUCCAGUUACCGGUGCCAGCGUGAAUGUGGCACGGGAUCCCGGUCCUCCUGGCACCGGGGGUUGAUCCACGGGUCCAGCGGGCUGGGACUCAGAACACGGGACCCUGAGCAGCCGUCCAGCGGGAGGACUCUGCCGGGGCUUGUGGGGGGGUAUUAUUCUUGCUCCCCUGCCCUGUGACUGGAUCUGCCUUCUCAGUCUGCUCCCUUUCCCUGUUUUACUCUCUCUCUCUCUCUCUCUCUCUCUCUCUCUAUCCCCUUCUUAUCUCUCGCUCUUACUCCGCUUGACACACCACUCUCGCUCCACGGCGAGAGCAGUAGCAGCUGGGAGCCUCGGGCCAAGGUUUCCCUCCCGGGUAAAGGGGGGGCUUCUCCUCCUGGACAUGUGAGGGCGCCGCGGACCCCCCUUUGGAGAAGAGGACCGAGAGGGGGGGGGGGGGCAGAGGACGCGGAGCUCCCGGAAUCGGAACCCUUUUGUCCGUUGAAGCUUGUUGAUCAGGGGGAGUUUGGGGGCCAUAGGUUUGGGGGCGUGAAUGUGCCGGGGGGACGGUCGGCGGGCGAGGGGGCGUGCCGGACACCGGGGCCCCCCGGAGAUUCAUGUGGGCCCCCGACCCGCAGGCCUGGCUGAGGGAUGACGCCGUCGCCGCUGCACUAGGUGCUCUGCGGGCAGCCAUGGCACAGGAGGGGCACGGUGGCGAGGCGGGCGCCCCGUCCGGGGGGAGGCGCUGUCGCCGCCCGCGUCGCCCGGGAAGUGGGCCACCAGCCCAGUUGUCCAGGACACGGCUGCACGGCCUGCGGCAGGUCUGCUCCGCCGGGGCCUCCCUGGGCCGCCGCGCCUUCUGGCUCCUGGCGCUGUGCGCCUCCCUGGGGCUGCUCCUCUCCUGGUCCUCCAACCGUCUCCUGCACUGGCUCUCCUUCCCCACCUAUACCAAGGUGCACAUGGAGUGGGCCAAGGAGCUGCCGUUCCCUGCUGUCACCGUGUGCAACAACAACCCGGUGCGCUUCCAGCACCUCUCCAAGAGUGACUUAUACUUCGCCGGACACUGGCUGGGCCUCCUACUGGCCAACCGGACCACGCGGCCCAUGGUGGUGGACCUGCUGCACGACGAGCGGCUGGCCUGGUUCCGGAAGCUCUCUGACUUCCGCCUCUUCCUGCCGCCCCGGCACUUCGAGGGCACCAUCUUGGAGUUCAUGGACCGGCUGGGUCACCAGCUGGACGACAUGCUGCUCUACUGCAAAUUCCGCGGCGAGCCGUGCGGCCCGCAGAACUUCUCCGCCGUGUUCACCAGGUACGGGAAGUGCUACACAUUCAACGCGGCAGAGGAGGGUAAGACGCUUCGCACGACGAUGAAGGGCGGCACGGGCAACGGGCUAGAGAUCAUGUUGGAUAUCCAGCAGGACGAGUACCUACCGGUGUGGGGCGAAACAGAGGAAACGGCGUUCGAGGCCGGAAUCAGGGUGCAGGUGCACAGCCAGUCCGAGCCGCCAUUCGUCCACGAGCUGGGCUUCGGAGUCGCUCCCGGCUUCCAGACGUUCGUCGCCACACAAGAGCAAAGGUUGUCUUACCUGCCCCCACCAUGGGGCGAAUGCCGGUCAAGGCCCCCGGAGUCGGGCUUCUUCCCGGUGUACAGUGUGACGGCCUGUCGCAUCGACUGCGAGACGCGCUACAUUGUGGAGAACUGCAACUGCAAGAUGGUGCAUAUGCCUGGAGAUUCUCCAUUCUGCACUCCCGAGCAGUACAAGGAAUGUGCGGAGCCAGCACUGGCGACCCUCUCCGAGAAGGAGAGCACCAACUGCAUCUGUCGAACCCCCUGCAACUUGACCCGGUACAACAAGGAGCUGUCCAUGGUGAAGAUCCCCAGCAAGACAUCGGCCAGGUACCUGGAGAAGCGCUUCAACAAGUCCGAGAAGUACAUCGCGGACAACAUCCUGGUCCUGGAUGUGUUUUUCGAGGCCUUGAACUAUGAGACCAUAGAGCAGAAAAAGGCCUACGAAGUUGCCAGCUUGCUCGGUGACAUCGGGGGACAGAUGGGACUGUUCAUCGGCGCAAGCAUCCUCACCAUCCUGGAGCUCUUUGACUACGCGUACGAGGUAAUAAAGGACAGACUGUUGGACAUGUUGAGCCGGGAGGAAGAGGAAGGCAGCCGGGGCGAGGAUGUGAGCACUUGUGACCCUAUGGUGAACCAUUCGGAAGCAAUCAGCCACACAGUCAGCGUGCCGCUGCAGACCACACUGGGGACACUGGAGGAGAUCGCCUGUUAACAGCGUUAAGGGCCGUGUCUCGACUCCUCAGCUUUGGCCCCGUUACCCUGGAGACGGGGAGCAGCAGGGCACGCAUGCCAGGCACUGAACAGACACAAUGGCAUACAGGAGGCACGACAGACUUGGGGACCGAGUUGGUGCCAAAUUUAUUAUUUUUUUGUGUGUCCCUUUUCGACGUUCAGCACAAAUGGGGACUGGGGACUUGUCUCCUCCAGUCUGCUGCCCCGCUGGUGAUGGAGCGAAGGGAACAUUCUGCUCCUCCGCUCAUUCCCCCCCGACUGUGACUCAUCCUGGACACUACCAAAAACGGGAUGGAGGGGGGAGGGAGGGACACAACCUGUACAGACGUUUUUGUGUAUACGAGUCACCUGUGCCGUUCAACACAGUUCACAGCCUACUGCCAGAUGUACAUCGUAAACUGUCCGACAUGCAUGUCUGUUGUUUGGAUACUGUUUUUACUGAUGCCAUGACUCUUGUGUUGCUUAUCUUGCACUGUCUCCCCCCCCCCCAUGACAAUAUAGCGACCCAAGUGAGGUAUGCUAGGCUUUUGAGGCCAUCUUGCCAAGCAGGUGGGUCUGCAGUUGGGAAGGCAGCAGUCUGUCAAUAUACCAUCAUAAACAGCUUUCCGUGUUAAUUAAAUGGCGUGUGCCGUGAGCUUCGUGUGUCGUCCGGGAGUUACACUCAUUUCUAGUCACGGAGUUUCGUUGACCGUCGGCCGCAUCCGUGCCACCAUAAGAUCCGCAGCUGAAGGAACGCCGGAUGGAACCACAAGGGUGUGGAGGUAGAGUGAGUGUGAACAAGCAGCAACAACAGAGGUCAGCGUUGGGCAGUGGGGUAACAACUUCCUUUGAAUGGCACCUACACACCAGAGGCUGUAGUUCAGCUUUUAAUAACCACCUCCCUCUCCAAGCUGCACAACUAAACAUACAUAAGCUCCCACACGAGCUAAUCACCAAAAAGGCAGUAGCAUGUCCAUUUUGUUCCAGCACAUUCUUACAUCCUCUGCGUACUAAUGACUUAUAUUUCUGGAAAUUUCCAUUUAUUGCAUCCCGUUUAUUCUUCCUUCAACCUGACAUAAAAAUGUCUUCAUCGUGCUUCUAUCUGAGUAGUUAUAAGGCAACCUCACUUUUGUGUUGUCUUUCGCUGUUUGACAUUGCAACAAUGGUGAACUGUUGUGAAACGAGGACUAACGUGGAUUGCGAAAACACACACCAAGCUGCCAUUCGGUACUUUGCGCUUGCUUGGUGGAGAGGUCGGCAUGCAGAUGCAGUCCCCAAUCCUGGGAUUAAGGAACCCUGACUUUACAAAGUGUAAAUGAAAACACAUUGGUUUGUUUUUACGCCUAUUAAAACGGUGGUCUUAUAUAAUCAGUGAAAACAGGCAGUCAACAGUAAGAUCCUGACAAAAAUUUAAGGCAAUACAAAUAACAACGUUUUCCGUAUCAUAUAGGCCCCACAAAUUAGUUUGAUCGAACAGCAAAUGUGCAAUAUUUCCAUUUCUCCAUCAAAGAUAAAUAUCAGGAGUAAUACACAGAAUACUAAGAACGGUUAUUGUAGAUUUUCUCUUCCUGCUGAUUAUUAGCUUAACGAAAAAAUUAUUAUAUUAAAAAACCAAACCAGAGGCAUGGCUCUAGGCAGCCAACAGUAGCUAGGUGAAGGGUCAACAAAUGCGAUCAGCUAGCUAAUUCAGAGUGACUGUACAUCGUCUUUUUCCCAUACUUGUUCUCUUUUUGGGGACAGAAAUAUGCCUGAAAUGUCCAGAUUUUACUUUCUUUCAUGCUGACAUUUGCUUUCUACAGUCAGAAUGCUGUAUGUGUAUUUGCGUUGCCUCUCUUUGCGUUCUGUCCACACUGUCCUGUUUUGCAAAGCAAGAUAUCGUCAUCCUAGCUCAUUUUAGCUAGCCAACAAGUGAAAGCUUACCUUAUAGUUAAUUACUUUGUUCCUGUGAGUGGGGGGAAGAUUGUUUGAUGGCAAGUUUUGUUAUUUCCCACUUAUAUGUACUAUCGAUGCAGUACAUGUACAUGGGAGAGCAGACUUUGACUACGUUGGUGUGGACCAUCCAUAAUGUUUGCAUCUAGGUCACUGGGCAGACCGAAGGUGAGUCACUGUUGAAGCAGAACCACAAAACUGUAGAAGGAGAUGGUGUCAACGCCCUCACCAGUUAUAAGUGUUAUAUAAAAAAAAAGGUACAUCUUUUUUUAGUCAGAAGCUGGCACCAGGAGCAGGAAAAUUCAAUACGCUAGAAUUUCCGGGAUUGAUUCCUUUUCCAUUUACUAUAAGACUGCACCAUUAAACUAUACCGAAGACACUCGAAAUGUUUGGUAACGAUAACGAUGAUUCAUAGCUUAAUAUCAGGCUAACAUCUAGAGGCUAAACUCAAUGUAAAAUUAAUGAUCUCCUCUGUUUCAGCACCUCAUCUAAGUUCAUUAAAACCAGAUAUCAGACCUUCAUCUUAUCAGGAUUAUGCUCAUGUGUAUGACAAAUAGUCCCCCAACUCAUCGCCUGAACAUUAUAAGUCUGCGUUUUCAUGGCCUUGCGAUUAGCAAGUCGUUGAUGGAACUAUGUCGUGUAACAACCGUUCGUGUCAUUAGGAUGCCCGCAUGCCUAUUGGCUGACAAUUUAUGGAGGAAACUGUAAAACGCUACAUAGCCGUUCCAAUUUCAUGUUCCUUAUGGUUGGUGUAACUAGCCAAUUAACUUUUGAGAGUGUAAACAAUCUAAUAAAUAUAUUUCCCUGUAACUUACCUGCUGCUGUGGCCAAGCAAUGUGAUGGGGAUUCUUUACUGUUGACGCUGUCAUGUUAUUUAAGAAGAAAACUGGAUAGAUCCGGGCACUGCACCCACAUCUCGCCCUCGUAUCCUUCUCAGCGUGAUCGCUGCCGCUCCAGAUCAGUAAUUGGACUGUUUCUCUCUGUCAGUGUUUUCUCACUGUACAAACAUGUUAAUAAAUGCACAUAUCAAGUA